UCACUACACUGAAUUGGGCUCCCUUUGGGCGAUUUCAAUCAAUUUUGUCGUGUGCACAGAAAAAUUAAGAUCACAUCAACUGCAGCUGCAACAAGGGCUGAAAAAAAAGAGAAAAAAAAAACAAUCUUUCCGAAAGUGUAAUUCUGAAAAUCUACAAGAAUGUCGGAUCUUGGCUCAGACUACGACGAAGAGGAACAAGGACCGUAUUUAGGGGAGUAUGAGGGAGAACGAAACGAGAAGGAGGAGAGGCAUGGUAAAGGAAAGGCCACAUUACCCAACGGCGAUACUUACGAUGGCAUGUAUGAGUUUGGCAAGAGACAAGGCCAGGGAGUGUACAAGUUCAAGAACGGUGCCCGUUACAUGGGAGAGUACAAACAUAACAAGAAGCAUGGAACAGGAACGUUCAUCUAUCCAGACGGCUCCAAGUAUGACGGCAACUGGGUAGAUGACCAGAGGCACGGCUUUGGCACCUACACCUACCCCAAUGGGGACACCUAUGAAGGUGAAUGGCAGAGCCACCUGCGGCACGGCCAGGGCGUGUACACCUACAAGGACACAGGCACCCGCUACGUGGGUACCUGGGUGAAUGGGAAACGUGAGGGGGCUGGGGAACUGAUCCACGCCAACCACCGGUUCCAGGGCGGAUGGAUCGGCGAUCAGCCACAAGGGAAGGGCAAGUACUUGUUUGACAUCGGCUGUGAACAGCAUGGCCAGUACGUUCCUGUAGAGCAGCCGCAGAAUGGGGACCAGGAGGACGAGGAGGCACAGACCGUCACCAUACCCAAGUGGCGGGCAGGGGAGAUCCGGGCCGUCAGCGAGUACAACCCAGCCGAGGAGCUGGCAGCAGCGGCUGCAGCGGAGGCCGAGGCGCAGCAGCAGCAGCAGGCCCAGGAAGAGGCAGAGAAGAUGGAGGAAGGGGGCGGGGAAGGGACGCCGGAGGGAGGGGCUGAGGGGGAGGCUCCUGCAGCCCAAGAAGGAGCCCAAGAAGGUGCCCAAGAAGGUGAACCAGUUGCACCCCCCGAAGAAGGCGAGGCCCCGCCCCCAGCGGAGGGGGAUGACAGCCAACAGGAGGCCGCCGACGAAGGUGGGGAGGGAGGCGACGACCCGGCCGCCCCUUCACCAGUAGUGGAAGAGGCCGAGGAAGCAGAUUAAACAAUAGGUCAGCACUAACACUCCUGGAUCCUUCCAUGUCCACCAGGGGUAGGGAAGGAUAUUUUUUAAAUAGUUUUUGUGAAGUUUGUACAUUCCCUUAAAGUUUUAAUGUAAUCUAUGCUCAUCAUAAUCAUUCAUUGCCUUCCCCAAAUCGUUCAAAAUCCACCAGUUUUUUUUUUUUUUUUACAUGAUUGAAAAAGUGCUCAGCCCAGUCAAUUUUGCUUUCCGUUAGCCGUUGUGAUAUGUGGACACAAUAGGAGGGCGCUAAUUAGAUUGGGUUAAUUAGAUUAAAUCAUAGAGUUAUAUUAAAGGGAAUAUACAACAUUUGCAAACAUCG